GCAGGGCUGGGCUGAGACGGAAAAGGAAGGAGUUCUUUCGCAGUUUGUUUUGUUGCGGACCGACGGGCGAGUGUGGGGCCGGCUGCAGCCCCCCUACAGCAGCCAGAGUGUAACAUGACCCCCGCGGAGCAGAAUGUAACCUGGCUCAUCUCCCUUGGGGUGCUGGAGUCCCCCAAAAAAACCAUCUCGGAUCCGGAAGAGUUCCUCCUGGGCGCCCUGCGGGACGGGCUGGUUCUCUGUAAACUCAUCGAGCGCUUAGUGCCCGGCUCCGUGGACAAGGUGUGUCCGGAACCGAGGACCGAGAGUGAGAGCUGCUCCAAUAUCCGCGAGUUCCUGAGGGGCUGCUCGGCGCUUCACCUGGAGCAAACAUUUGAUGUCAAUGACCUGUACAAAGGACUGAACUUCAACAAAGUUUUGAGCACCCUUUCAGCAAUUAACAAGGCCACUGAAGAACGAGGAAGGACAUGUUCAUCUGUCUCGUCCCAUCACAGUAAUUCUGCCACUUCUAUCAGCAGUUCCCAAGCACCUGCAUCAAAAGCAUCCAGAGCUCUGCGGAGACCAUCAAAAAACCUGGAGAUGACGGAAAAUGGGAGCCAUCAGCUGGUGGUGAAAGCCAAAUUUAAUUUCAAGCAGACCAAUGAAGAUGAGCUUUCCUUUUCAAAAGGCGACAUUCUUUAUGUAACGCGAGUUGAAGAUGGAGGAUGGUGGGAAGGCUCACUGAAAGGAAAGUCAGGCUGGUUCCCUAGCAACUAUGUGAGGGAGAUAAAACCAAGUGAUAAGCCACUUUCCCCCAAAUCUCUCAAAGGAUUUGAGACACCUUCAGCUACAAAGAAUUAUUACAGUUUGGUUGUACAGAAUAUUUUGGACAAUGAACGAGACUAUGCAAAGGAGUUACAGGUCUUGCUCAACACAUACCUGCGGUCAUUGCAGGCCAAUGACAAAUUAUCUGCUGCUGAUAUUGGGGCAUUGAAAGGGAAUCUGGAGGAAAUCUGCUCAUUUCAGCAAACGCUCUACCAGACUUUGGAGGAAUGUACAAAGUUACCAGAUUCCCAGCAGAAGGUUGGUGGUUGCUUCCUUAAUCUCAUGCCCCAGAUGAAGUCACUAUAUCUCACAUACUGUGCCAACCACCCAUCCGCUGUCAACGUGCUCACACAACACAGUGAGGAGUUGGAUAAAUUUAUGGAAAGACAAGGAGCGAGCAGCCCCGGCAUUCUGAUCUUAACGACGAGCCUCAGCAAACCGUUUUUAAGACUAGACAAGUAUCCAGCAUUACUCCAGGAACUGGAACGACACAUGGAGGAAUCCCAUCCUGAUUAUCCGGACAUUUUAAAAGGAAUGACAGCAUUCAAAAAUUUAGUGUCUCAAUGUCAGGAACUGCGAAAGAGGAAGCAACUCGAGCUACAGAUAUUGUCUGAGCAAAUUCAGGGCUGGGAGGGUGAAGACAUCAAGACCCUUGGAAGCGUCAUUUACAUGUCCCAGGUCAUGGUGCAGUGUGGAGCAAGUGAGGAGAAGGAUGAAAGGUACUUCAUGUUGUUCCCAACGGUGCUGCUCAUGCUGUCUGCUAGCCCACGGAUGAGUGGCUUCAUUUAUCAGGGAAAGUUGCCAUUGACAGGAAUGACAGUAACCAAGUUAGAGGGAACGGAAAACUUCCACAAUGCCUUCGAAAUUACAGGUAACAUGAUCGAACGGAUUCAGGUGUCCUGUAAUAACAGCCAGGAGCUACAUGACUGGGUGGAAAAUCUACUGAUGUUAACCAAAGGCACAGUCCCUGGGAAUGCAAACACAAAACCAGUACCUGCCACAUCACAGCCACAGCACUCGGAGAGUAAGCAGCCGCCAGCGACUCCGUCACAUCAGCCUCUUGCUUAUUCACCUCCACCGUCCUACAGCACAACUGGACAAAACCGCGGACUCUUGGAACCUCCCAAAAUCCCCAGGGCUUGGACUCUGAGCUGCCUGAGACCUGCGCCCCCGCUAAGGCCUUCAGCUGCGUUAGGUUGUAAGGAGAGGAUGUCUUAUAUUUUAAAGGAUUCUAGUAAGAGCCCCAAAGCAGUGAAGAAGUUCUUAACCAAGAGGAAGACAGAACGUAAAACAUCUGAAGAUGAGUUCAUUCUGCGGAAAAGUACAGCAGCCUUGGAAGAAGAUGCACAGAUACUCAAAGUCAUAGAGGCUUAUUGCACAAGUGCAAACAUACAGCAGACUCAUAGCUCAGUUUGUCGGAAGGAGUCAGCACCACAGGUACUGCUCCCAGAAGAAGAGAAAAUAAUUGUGGAGGAAACAAAGAGCAACGGGCAAACUGUCAUCGAGGAGAAGAGUCUUGUCGACACAGUUUAUGCGUUGAAAGAUGAAGUUCAGGAGCUAAAACAGGAAAAUAAACGGAUGAAACAAAGUCUGGAGGAGGAACAGAAAUCUAGGAAAGAGUUGGAGAAAAUGAUCCGGAAGGUUCUGAAACAGUUGAAUGAAUCUGCGUGGGACGAGGGUAACCACUAGAAGCAGCUAGCCAGCAGCUAGUUCUCUACACGGCUUCAAGCAGUGGCAGCCCUGACCGUACUGCUACAAGGAAUUCUUUGAAAUUCUCAGUCACACUGGGGUCAUUUUUGUUUUUUUAUUUGGCCUGUGAUUCCUCCAGAGGAGCAGGCAAUUGAGGGACAGCAAACCUGACACCUGUUUUGGAAGGACUAGAGCAGGGCAUAAGGAAACGUGCAGGCUCUGGGGAGAGAGCGCAGCAGCAGCGAAAACUGAGAAAUGGUACAGCUUCCCAGCACACAGCCGCCUCGUGCUGUCUCAGAGCUAUUCCCAACUCGGGCAAGGAAAGGUGCCUGCAGUAACUACUUCAUUAUCAAUAAAUGGAUGGUUUUGUGUCCUCUAACCAGCACUCUAGUAUUUGACUGCUGCACCAGCACAGGAUGCUCAAUCGUGGGCACAGCUGAAAAUCACAGACUCCUUUUUAAGUUUCCUUUGUUUUUGUAUCGGGCCAUGACCAAAUCAUAGCCUCCCUUGUUACUGGACCUUAAGCUGCAUAUUUGUAUUUUCUGGGUAUAACUAUGGUUUUUUGAAAUGGCCCAGUCUGUCUCGCUGAUUUAUUUAUGUUUUGCUGUAUUAAACUACUCCCCCCAACCCCCGAACAUUGUCACCGUGCAGAGUCCGUGUGGUGGGUACAGCCUCGAUUAUGGCACUGCAUCUAAUGCAUGUGAAACGUCUGCCUGUGCCUUUGACAGAUGCCCUUUUGGAGUACAGCGUGUGUACAUAUUCAGCUCACCUUUAUAAACUGGCUCUAGCUUGAGCCUUCCUGUAUAUUACAGGAUUGUGUUUAAUAAUGUAUAAAAGGAUACAGGCAGCUUAUCUCUCCUGCUGUUGUGGAACAAAGCAGGUAUUACUAGUCAGCGUUGACUGAGUCUCUUAGUCAUGAGAUGUCCACCGUGACAGACCCUACAGUAGGAGUUAAUGACGCAUGCACAAACUUAGUUUCUCAUGAGUUAAGUGAUGCCUAGGAAUGAAUGCAGGAUAACAGGCAUCUGAUUGUGGGCUGUGUACACAGUGUAACAGAGCACAUUUUGGAGUAUUUGCAGCGUGACUGAAACCAGACUCAAAACCUGAACAAAGAGGGAGUGGAAUUUAGGAGGAAGUCACUUCAGAUCAGACUGACAGCCAUUGGUCAGAUCAGCUUCUCACCAGCAAUGAGCAGGGAGUGUGGCUCCUCACUACAAACAUCAUGUGCGUCCCUCUGUACGUCCAACUGGCAAAGGUCCCCAAAUUUCCUCUGUAGACUUUUAUUUCGGAAUUCAGAUGAAAUAUUUUGGGAACUGACACAGCUGUGUUCUCCUGGAGGUGCCUAUAUGUGUUUGGAAGCCCUUACGCCCAGCACACAUCCAUCAAGUAGGAAAUCUUUUUGUAAAUGCAAUUUUUUAAAAUAAAACCUGAAUAUCGAGCCUUCCUUCGGCUGUACCUUAUAAAUAAAUAGCUCCUCUAUUUUGGCAAGAUCUCUCAACACUCCAUGAUUUAUGAAAUACUUCUGUUGACUGGAAUUUUUUUGCUGUUGGCUUCAAAACAAUUAAAUUGAUUUUCUGAA